GUCAAUUGCUUUCCUCCUUCGCCAUACUGUAUAUAUCUGCGAAUUUUGGCUUGGCCGUUCUCAACAAAAUGGACAUCUGUUUCAAGUUCAGUAUUGUAGCUUACCACCAUUUAUUUCUCACCUAGAAGAAAAGGUCUGGCCCUAUCAAUUUGCUGAUUAUCAUACCAUCUCGUUCGCUAUUAACUUGUAUUUUGGGAACGCCACUGCAAAGCUGUUUAUUACUGUCAAGCUGGAUCUAGGCCAUCAUUGCUGGACAAGCUGAUGCAGAAUGGCCACAGAAACAGAUCGGUUUACUAGCAAGUACAGGAAAGAUAGAUUCGACGGAAGAAAGGAUAGGACUGAUAGAAGAAUUAAAGCUUACGAAACUAGUGAUUCGGCCGAGAAUAAAGAAAUGACGGGAAAGACUACAGUCACUUCUGUCGGGAUCAGUGUGCGCAGCACUGCAAGGUCCGCUGCCCGGAGUGAAGUAGGCAAAAAUGAGGUAGGAAAAAGUGAAUUGGAAGUUGUUACAAGCAGAAUAAAUCGUUUGAAAGUAAAUGACGACAAAGAUGGCCAAGAGGAAUCUGCAGCACGCCAUGAGGAUAGUCACGAUGAGGCAGAUCACGAAAAGAAGCAGAUGGAAAGAAAGGAAAGAGGAGCAGGGGCCACAACCAGCAAAAAGCGACAACAGAGAAAAAAUCUGAGAGAGAAACGGAGGUCUACAGGUGUCGUUAUUAUGCCGAAUAUGGAGGGAGACACUGCCAGUGGGGCAACUGAUGAUGGGGAAAAGGUGAAAGAAAACACUUAUAUUAAUGAGGCAAUGAGCACUUCAGAGUCUCAGGGAAGAGGAAAGUCAAGGGGUAGGAGUGACGAAUGGGACAAGAUUGACAAAGACACCCUCAUACAGCAACUGGAAGCAUAUCAGCAGGCGAUUCAAGAAUGGAGAGACGAAUUCGAAAAAUCUCAAAAGGAAAUCGACUCACUACGAAACGAAAACCAGCGACUAAGGGACGAAAACAGCUCUUUAUUAAAGGUGGUCAGCCAGCUGUCGACAUCCUCACGGAAAUGAGAGUAACACUGAAACAUCGAACCAAAGAUGCAUGUACAAGUAGAGAAUCGUUGCCCUUAAGUUUUGUAAAAAUGACUAUUUUUACAUCAAUUAAUACCUUCUUGAAUAAUUUGUGUUUAGUAGCCUGGGUAUGAUUUUUCAUAAACUAGUUGGAGAUAUCUUUGGAGAUUUGAAUAGAGGUCGAUUUGUAACUAGCGAGGCUCAGAAUACCUGGCUUCCAUAGAUCAAAGGGUUGGCAGCAGGUUUUCCUUUGGAGAUGUCCUGCUUCCCCAGCAAAUCUAAAAUAGAAGCAGAGACCCGUCCUUUGUCGCUUGGACGGAUUACUGACUUCAUAUUCAUGGUGCAUUGUGUGGUUUGUGGAUAAAUUAACCUAUGGUUAGUUAGGAAUAUCUUUAAUGACCAUAUAAGGAUAUCAGUUAUUUCGAAGACAAACAUAGAAUAUCGACUAAGAAGGCUAGGAAAAACAAGCAUGUGUGAGUUGACCUCAAAACCUGUAUGAACCAGUGUUGUAUGAACCAUUCGAAUCCCUUUUUAAAUGUCCUAUUUGUCCCCAUGGUUUGCAUCUAAAAUCGUACUUACGAAUCAAGUGUGAGUUACAUAUUUCGUAGUUACGAAUUAUUCUCCGAUUGUGCCAUCGACUGAAAACUCGAUGGGUCUCCUUCCAUAACAGUCUCAAUGCUGGCAGCCUGACUUUGUUUUAACUGCCUAUAGUCCGUUGCGCAAUGUUUGUAUGAAGUAUCUGGGUUAAUCCUAUAAAUAAAGUCUUUACUUUUUCUGCAAAUGUGAGUGAAUUAAAUCUAUAAGCAGCGUCCAUGAUUCUUGUAAGCAAAAGAUGGUCACUCUCUGUCCCCUAAUCCCCUUACAUUUAUUGAUGGGUAUUGUUUUCCUGUGCCUACUACCUGCCUUUAUUGAUGGACAAGAACACAUUAAAUAUGCUUUGCUCUAGAAGCUGUUUCAAUCUCUCAGGUAAAAACUGAACAAGCUGUGCGAUUACUAAAACUUUGGUUUUGUACUUAUUUUCUGAGUGUUUCUGAAUUUUGAAAUGAUUUUGAAUUAAAUCACAUUGUGAAUCGAAAGGGUAGAUUCAUUGUACAUUUAUUUUUGGAAGAUAAAAAGUCUGAUUUGGUGAGGUUGGUAAGGACAUUGUUGGAGUACUAGUGUUGCUGUCGUCGAAUAUCGUAAUCUUAGGUUCUUGUUUGGGUAACAUGUCGAUAGACACUGUCGCAAAUGAUUAGAAGGAAACCUUUUAUUACCUGUCAGCUUUGAUAAAGCUUGCAUUUGGUGUCUCUUCUUCGGAAAGAGGCUAGAGCUGGUAGCUCGCCAGCUAUUACUGUAUGCCAUUAAAAAACCAUAUCGAAACGUGUUGUUAAAUAUAGGUUUAUUAACUAGUUUUUUAUGUCCUAACUGUAGUAUUGUCAACCACUGAUUCUUAUUUGAAUGUUGCAUGUUUGUUUAGGGCUAGAAUUUGCAUUUAACUGAAGUCUACUGCCAUUGACGAUUAUGCUCCCUUCGUCUGUCCGUGAAA